GGAGGAGGAGGAGGAGGAGGCGGACUCGCUGGGCUCUCUCCCCUCCACCUCCUCCAGCAGACCAAGCAUGGCUCCUCCCAAGCUCGUACCCCGAAAGACGAACAAGGGCAAGGAGAACAGUAUAGACUAUACACCGAUCUCCGCAGCCGACUGCUUUGAAGACGCUUUCCAGGUUGAGCUACAAGGGCAAGGUAACUGGAGGGUCUACCUCACACCGCCAAAGCCUAUUGGACCUUCAGGCACCCGAGCACCCGCACUGUCACCCAAGCAAGGCAAGACGAGUGCUACUCUCCCCAAAGCUACGACUGCAGCGACCGCCUCGGAUCCAACACUUGCAUCCCUUGAGCUGCCCGACGUAUCUUCAGACGAAGAGGAAGAAUCUCAACCUUCCAAAACCCCGACUCGCGACCCGGGCACUCUCUUCUUCUUCCACCACGGCGCAGGCUUCUCAGCCCUCUCCUUUGCCCUCGCAGCCCGCGAGGUCACUCGUCUCACCGGCGGUGAAGCUGGUGUCAUGGCAUUAGACUGCAGGGGUCACGGAAGGACUUCACACCCUGCAUCGAUUCCUCUGCCGCUCGACAUGUCUUUGGAAAGACUCACACAGGAUGGAGUGGAGGUGCUGCACGCCCUUUACCCCGAGCCGGGGCAGAUGCCUACGCUGGUUCUGGUGGGUCACUCCAUGGGGGGAUCGAUCGUCACCUCUCUCUGCGCGGCUUUACAAUCGCUGCCCACGCCGGUCAAAGUGGCAGGGGUGGCCGUUCUGGACGUGGUAGAAGGGACAGCCAUGGACGCACUGGAGGGGAUGAAGGGCAUCGUCCUCUCCCAUCCAAAGGGCUUUGAUAGUGUGGCAGCGGGAGUGAAGUGGCAUAUGGACAGUGGCAGUAUACACAAUCUGGAUAGCGCGAGGAGAAGCGUGCCGAGUCUACUAGUACCAAACCCGAGCUACAGUGAGAGCACCACCUCAACCCAGCCCAUCGAAGACGAAGCCAUCGAGGAGCUCGCCGAAGAGGACGAUGCCACUGUCCCUCACCAGUCAGCAGCGGACGACAGCAGCUCAUACCCCUUCAUCUGGCGCGCCGACCUCCUAGCAACACAGCAACACUGGCGUGGGUGGUUUGAAGGGCUCAGCAAGAGGUUUCUCGGCGCUAGGACGGCCAGAUUGCUGUUGCUUGCGGGGACCGACAGGCUGGACAAGGAGCUCAUGGUUGGGCAGAUGCAGGGGAAAUAUCAACUCACCGUGUUUCCAGACGUCGGUCAUUGUCUACAGGAGGACGCUCCGGAGAAGACGGCCAAGCUGCUGGUAGACUUCUGGCGCCGAAAUGAAGUCACGCCGGGUAAAUUGGGCAUCGGGCUCAAGAGAGUGGGAGACGCUUGA